GGCCAGCCCGCGCUGCCAAUCAAAUGUUUACCCUGAAGUUGUUGCCUCCUCUCGUUUCUACCCAGGGACUAACGUUAUUGGUCACUGCUGUGGCAAGACGUCCCGUAGCAGAAGACCUGCACCAAAGAAUGUGGAUAAACCUGUUGUAAGACAGCACAAACGUUAGUCCUACAUCAAAAGAUGGACGUGCAGGACCAGGAGACUCUGGGAAGAUGGGACGGGCUGGGCAGCCGGGAUGCCAUCUCCAGAACUGAAGCCAUGGACAACAUCUGCCAGAACGUCAUGAGGAAGGUGGAAGUCAUCAGGCCCAUACCAUCGCUGGCCCCGUCACCCCCGGCCUCGGGUAGCCCUCCUAACAGUGACCUGAAUAACACCCUGGCUCACCUCCUCAUGCUGUCCAAACGGUGUCCCUUUGACGACGUCAGGGAGCGGUGUGUUCGACUCCUGCAGGGCGUCCAGGACUUGGGAGUAAGGAUCCCAAGACCCUUAGGAAACGGACCAAGCAGAUUUAUCCCAGAAAAAGAGAUUCUUCAAGUCAGUAAAGUGGACGCCAGGACACAGUCGAUAUUUGAGGAUGCGUUUGCAGCCCUCGGUCGUCUCGACAACAUUUCUCUGGUGAUGGGCUUCCACCCGCAGUACCUGGAGAGCUUUCUCCGGACGCAGCACUACCUGCUGCAGAUGGAUGGACCCCUGUCUUUGCACUACCGACACUACAUCGGCAUCAUGGCGGCAGCUAGACACCAGUGUUCCUACUUGGUCAACCUCCACGUGAACGACUUCCUCCAGGUUGGGGGCGAUCCCAAGUGGCUGAACGGCCUGGACGAAGCCCCGCAGAAGUUGCAGCAGCUCGGAGAGCUCAACAAAAUCCUGGCCCACCGACCUUGGCUUCUCACCAAGGAACACAUCGAGCGCCUUCUGAAGGCAGAGGAGCACAGCUGGUCCCUUGCGGAGCUGAUCCAUGCCGUGGUCCUCCUCACACACUACCACUCCCUCGCCUCCUUCACCUUUGGCUGCGGCAUCACGCCCGAGAUCCACUGCGACGGUGGGCACACUUUCAGACCCCCCUCCCUCAGCCAGUACUGCGUCUGUGACAUUGCCAAUGGCAACGGUCAUGCUAUUCACCACGACGAUCCACUCGGCAACCAGGAGAUGUGUGGCGAGGUGGAGGUGCUGAUGGAGCGCAUGAAGCAGCUGCAGGAGUGCCGCGACGAUGAGGAGGCUAGCCAGGAGGAGAUGGCGACUCGCUUUGAGAGGGAGAAGACAGAGAGCAUGCUGGUGGUCACAGCAGAGGACGAGGAAGGCGUCCCCUCCAGGGACAUCUCCCGACACUUCGAGGACCCCAGCUAUGGCUACAAGGACUUCUCCAGGAGGGGGGAACAUGUGCCCACAUUCAGAGUGCAGGACUACAGCUGGGAGGACCAUGGCUUCUCCCUGGUCAACAGACUGUACCCUGAUGUUGGUCAGAUGCUGGACGAGAAGUUCCAGAUGGCCUACAAUCUGACCUACAACACCAUGGCAACACACAAGGAUGUGGACACCAGCAUGCUGCGCAGGGCCAUCUGGAACUACAUCCACUGCAUGUUUGGCAUCAGGUAUGAUGACUACGAUUACGGAGAGAUAAACCAGCUUCUGGACCGCAGCUUUAAGAUCUAUAUCAAGACUAUGGUGUGUAGUCCUGAGAAGACCACCAAACGAAUGUAUGAGAGUUUCUGGAGGCAGUUUCAGCACUCCGAGAAGGUCCACGUUAAUCUGCUUCUUAUGGAAGCGCGAAUGCAGGCAGAACUGUUAUACGCUCUGAGAGCGAUCACCCGCUACAUGACAUGAAGUGCUUUUGGCGUUUUUAUCGUUGUCUUUUUACUGUCAUUGUUGUUGCUCGUUAUGGGACACUUCAAGAAAAAAAAAAUCACAGGGGGGGGUGGGGGGGGGGGUUCAACAAAAAUGUGGAAGAGACGUGAGAAGCCCUGGGUUGUGACAGUGCUUGUUGGAUGGAUGUUGAGAAGAGGAUCAGAACAAAAUGAAAGCAAGAAAAAAAAACUGUUGAAGAAAGUCAUCUCAAACUCAAAGUGGAUACACACAGACUCAGCUUGUGUUGCCUGCGGUGCCAAACCUGACCAAGAGAGGGCAGCCUGGAGCAAACUCCUGCUCUGCUGGGGGGAGUUUGUGCCGGGCCUGAGCGCUGAUACUGGGCUCAUCCAGGACGAUGCUUCAGUAUUCCAGCAUGCAGCACCUGCCUGUUGCCAAUCUCUUGUGUCUCCUGGUAGAUUGAAGCCCCACAGAAAAUCCCCAGAAAGCUGUGCAGCCAGAAACUUUGAUUCUGUCGUCACUGUUAUAUUUGUUUAGUUUCUUUAAUAUCUUUUUAUUUCAUUUUGUAUCAAGGGAUGUUGUCGAUGUGGUUGCUAUUAGUGGUAACUGGAGAUGGAAGCAUUAACUUUGGGCAAUUUUCUUUUUGUAACGUGUGCCUGAACUAUCCAGCACAGUGUGCAUACGUGCUGAUGCUGCUGCUCCCAUGUUGUAUUCAGCGGGGUCAUAUUGAUCCCCAAAUCACCCCCAACCCCAUUAUAUCCCCUAAUCCCCCUAUCCAUUAGAAAUCCACUGCAUUACCCCCGACCCCUUCCUCCUGUCCUUCCUCCCCCCAAAUCUCAAAUGUCAAUGUAAGCUAAUCCAAGGAGUGUGUGAAAACCAGAGAGGAGUGAAAAGAAACUCAAAGAACACUGUCUGAGCCCUUUUUGAGUUUGACUGUACAUGUGUGGGUGAGUUCUGUAUUCAUAAUGACUGAGGUGUGAAUGUGUGUAUGUGUGUGUUUCACAGAAAUGAUGGAGAGAGAGAGAGAGAGAGAAAAGUUUGUCUUUGAAUUUCAUGUGUCAAAAAAAAAAGCGAGGCACUUUGAAGGAAAGACUUCUUGCUUCUGCUGUAGCUCUGUUAUUGUGAGAUAACUGUUUAUCAUUUGUUGUUGUUGAUGAUGAUGAUGUCUUUAUUUUUCUGGUAAUGGGGAGAAAAAAAUAAGAUUUAAAAAAAAAAAAGCUAAUCAAAAAGAAAGUUAGAAACCAGGUUUUCCAGGAGGGAUUUGCUUCCGGUUGCCCUAACCAUACCUUAUCUUGUCUUCCGCUUAUCCCAGCUGCCUGGUCAUCCUAACACUUUCGAAGCUUUGGAUUGUGAAUUUACCAGUAAAUGAAUACCUCUUCUGUUUUCUCUAUAAGAAGUGCUCUUUGGUGAGCAGAGACUCUUUCCGGGCCGCCGCGUUCCCAUUGUGGGGGACCCGGCGGGCUCACACAGGCCGACUGCGGUCGAUCAGCUGUCGAACGCAAAAGGUUGUAGCUGUGCUUAUUUCCCUGCUGGGGAAGUCUAACCAGUGCAAAAGCAGCUUUUUUUUUUAUUUUGAACAGAGGUAUGAACCCUCUGCUGUUUUGUUUUUUUGUUUACUAAAAACCAGUAAAGUACUGCAUUCUUCUGAGGGUGGAUUGAGAGAAUCAGACAGACGAAUGAGUGAGGAGGAGGAGGAAGGUGAUGAUAAAGGAAUGGUACAUUUGGAAGUGGUUUGAGAGGAAGUGGAGGUUUUUUUUUCAAACUUCUGACUGAUGUCAGUUACUGACACUUUUUUUAUAUGAAACUAUAUGAAAAAGAUGAAAAAAAAUAAACUAUGAUAAUAAA